AUGGUGAACGCAUGUGCAAAUUUAUCAGCUAUUAGCUGUAAUAGUUGUCACAAAAAUGAUCAGAUGGAAGAGGAGAAAAUGAUCGACCAGCAACAGCUUGAUCUACAAAAGAGUAUUAUGUCAGCAUAUGUUUUGUUAUCGAGAAAUAAGAAGACAACACCUCCAAAUCCUGAUAUGAUGCUGAAAUUGAACUCACGACCAGAUCUACAAAACAAAGUAAUGACAUUGUAUGAACGUGAUCUUGUCAAUCCGUAUGGUGCAAAAAUAGUAGGUGGUUUACUUAGUGGUGGCGUCGAUACAUCAUUUAUCCCAUUGAUCUUGUCUCGUUUCUUUAAUAUUGAAGUACGAAGUUUUACAUUGAACUUCGGAGGUAUUGGUGGUAGUGGCAUUGCUGAUGAUGCGCACAAUAUUCGACAGAAUUUAUCCAUGCUUGGCGUGUUCGAUGCAAAAUUCAAAGAUAUGCGUGAAGAACUUGGUGAAUACUUUAUCCCAUUACUUAUGGGUGACGUCAUUGUACCAGGUUCACCAGGUAUUUUUCCAAAUUCGUCACUUAGUCGUAUUCUCAUGGUUAAGAGUUUAGCAGAACAACUUCCUGAAGCAGAAGUCUAUCUUACAGGAUCGGCAAAGAAUCAAAAUAAUAAUCUUCGAUUCAUGACAGCUGCUUAUGAAUAUCUUGGUAAUAGACCACUUUGGACACCUAUUUUCUUUUGGGAAGAAAUCUUUACACGAAAAGAUUGUCUCGAUAUGAUUCGAUUGUGUACUGGUCAAGAUUUAUCAACUCGAUCUGCUAAAGAUGAUCCAUGUGCAAGUGGAGAUGAAACAUUUUUGAAAAAAGAAGAAGAAGAUGGCAAUCGAAGUCAUCUAGACUAUGAGUUUCCUGUACAGCUUCCUUCAAAUCUCUUACCUCGAACGAUAUGUUUGAAUUUUGAACAAGGUCGACCGGUUGCUAUCGAUGGACAACGACUAACUUUCGUUGAACUUGUUGGCGAGUUGAAUACAACUGGCUUGAAAUAUGGUUUACUUUGGAAAGCAUCUGUUGAAUCACGUCCAACUGGAAAAGGUGAAAUCGAAUGGAAUCUAACGCCAGGUGUUGAUGCACUUCGUGAAGCAACAUGUCGAUUGCGAGCUGCAUCUGUGCCGCCACGAAUGCAACAAGAAUUGUUUCGUUUCAAUGCUCAAUUAGCUGAAGAUAUUUUGCGUGGUGGUUUACAUAAUACAACUACAGUAGCUUAUAUCAAUGUUAUUCGAGAGUUAUGUGCUAAUGUUACUGGAUCGGUAAAGCUUACGUUUUAUCCAGGUUUUGUUCGUGCCAGUCAACCGAGACCUGAUAAGCCAAUAACCGUUGCCGAAGCUCCCUUUGGUCAUUUACCAUUGCCAGAUAACGCACUGGAUUCAGUGAAUGCUCUCAUUGCACAUAAUGUCGUUGGACAAGCUUUUCGAACUGAGAAGCAAAAGUGUAAUCGUAAUAAUUGGCCAAUCGAUCCAUGUGUAAAAAUUGUAUAA